CGUCCUCGCUCGCGAAGAUGGAGGUGCUGUUAUUGCUCCUACUAUUGCUACUGCUAUGACCAAGGAGGGUCUUUUUCUGUGCCAAUCACUAUAUCAUCCCACCGGAACAGGAUUGUAUAGCCUGAAUCUCAUUCAGCAUGGGUGAAACGUGCAAGGCCACAACUGACCCCAACACACUCUGGACAUUUUGUCCUUCGAUUGGAGCGGCCUAUACAUUCACCGUCUUGUUUGGCCUCCUGUUCGCUGCCCACGUAGCGCAGGGUAUAUACUACCGAAAGUGGUAUACCUGGGUGAUCUCGAUGGGCGCACUCUGGCAGACCAUCGCCUACAUCUUUCGAGUCAUCAGCAUCGCAGAUCCGGCCAGCCUGGGCGACUAUGGCGCCUGGUUCGUUCUGAUUCUAGUCGCUCCCCUCUGGACCAACGCAUUUGUGUACAUGAUUGUUGGACGCAUGGUCUGGAACUUCGUUCCCACCGCCAAAAUCCUGGGCAUCACCGCAUGGCGGUUCGGUCUGUACUUUGUCAUGUUGGACGUGGUUGCUUUCAUCAUCCAAGUCUAUGGAGCAGCCUCUGCCGAGCAGGAAAGCACUUCUGUGUCGCAGACAUUGCAAGGACUACACAUCUACAUGGCCGGCGUCGGGAUCCAGCAGCUCUUCAUCCUCAUCUUUGUCUUUUUCGCUACCCAGCUUCAUCGAGCGUUGCUCCGAGGGGAGGGUCUGGACCGGCACAGCCAGAAACAGGCUCUCAGACUACUAUACACAGUGUACGCCGUCCUGGCAUUGAUCACGCUACGAAUUGUCUUUCGCCUUUGCGAGUACUCCAAUGGUCUCGACAGCACCAUCCCCAACCACGAAGCAUAUCAAUAUUGCCUGGACUCUCUGCCGAUGCUCCUGGCUUUCAUACUACUCAGCAUCGUCCAUCCUUGUAGAAUCAUGCCGGGGAAGGAGUGCGAAAUACCUUCCCGCAGAGAGAGAAAGAAGACUGGUGCUCGCUGCAAGCAUAUUUUUACGAGCCCGAGCCUGGAGAGUCAUGGACAAAUGAGGCGUAGCUGGCCAUCCGAAGUCUAG